AUGCAACAGCCUGUUUUCAAGUGCAUGAGCUGUCCCAAAGUGUACGAGCGCUAUAGAAGCUUUGCCAGGCACGUCAAACUGCAUCAGCAAAUCAGGCCUUAUAGCUGUGACGUUUGUGGAAAGCGAUUCUCACAAAAGACGAUACUCCAGUCGCACAGUACAGUUCAUAGUGAGGAGAGGCCCCACGUUUGUUCGCAGAGUGGUAAAGCUUUUAAGCAGUUCAGCUCACUCUAUUUGCACAGUAAAUGCCAUCUUCCAGAGCAGGCAAAGCCAAAAUACCCUUGUGUCAUAUGUAGCAAAGAAUAUUUCACAAAAUACUCGAUGGAUACUCACAUGAAAAUUCAUACAGGAGAGAGGAAUUAUAUUUGUGAUGUAUGUGGAAAGAGUUUUAUAACGCAAGGCAGUUUAGACUAUCAUUUAUUGGUUCAUAAUGAAAAAAACCACACUCCUGUCUUGUAUGCAGUAAAAGUUUCAGUUCCACUAUAA